AUGCGAGCAUUGGAGCUGAUGAUUAGCGCUCCCCUAGAAAAUGAAGAGGCCCGUCCUCUGAGACUGAAAGUGAAGGCUUUAAUGAACCAACAACGCUCUCCCAACAAUGAGGAGGUGGUCCCGAAUGAUAAACGGCACAAUCAGAGGCCAGUUCAUUCACUCAGGACACAGGAGCAAGACAUAGCAGCCACAGGCUUCCAGCGCUUCCUCAAUGUCCUCAAUGAAGGGGUGGACAUCAACAAGCUCUCAAAGAUCGUCAACAACAAAAAUGGGUUACUCGUUGUGGGCGAGAAGCUACCACAAGUUUGGCCGACUCUGCCCGAGGGUCAUGUUGACUCCAGCAGUAGAUCCAUGUCUUCUCCAGUUGAGGAGAAGAAGAAGGUGAGGCUUGAGGAUGAGCAGCGGUACGAGCAGAUGCAGACCCUGCUGGAGAUCGUUGGGCUGGACUUGGGGGUUGAGGAGUUGGGUCAGCUGACAGACAGGACCAAUGACAGGCUGUAUGGGAAGAUGGGAGACUUGAAAAGGAAGUUCAAGAAUGAGAAGGGAAAAGAGAAAAAGGAGAGCGAGCCCUCAUUUAAACAUCUCAGUGCUUCCUCAUUACCAUCAGACAGCGCCAGCCCUAGCUCCCUUCUAAACCAGCACUCAAACAUGACUGUUGAAUACAGCAGCUCUAGUAACAGGGUAUGGGACAUAGAGAGACACAGGGACAGAUCUGAGAGGGACUGGCACCGACACUCUGGUACCAGAGACAAGGACAGAGGGAAGGAAGAGGAUAUAGUCAGAAAAAUUGAGAGAUCUGAAAGAGAUGGAGAGAGAGAUGGGCGCAGACACUCUAGUACUAGAGACCGGGACAGAGAGGGAGACGAGGACAGAGUCAGAAAAGGGGACAGUCCUGCGAGAGAGAAAUACGGGCGAAGAUGCUCUCGUACCAGAGAAGGGCCGAGUCAGAGAAAGGGACAGAUCUGAGAGAAACCGAAAGGGAGACGGGCACAGACACUCUAGUACCAGAGAGAGAGACAAGGACAUACCGGUAGUCAGAGAAACUAAGAGAUCAGAAAGGAAUAGAGAAAAGACCCAGAGAUAAGCUGGGACGGAGCCGAGAGAGAGACCGGGACAGAUCUGAGAG